AUGUUUAGAAGAUUUUCUGCAUCAAUUCAUUUCCAUAUGUCUAACAGCGAACACCUAUCAUCUAAAGAUGAAAAACCUAAACAUUCAUCCAUGGAUCCGAUAGGUGCUGAUAAUCAUCGUAAAACUUCUGUAUCACAAAAAUCACGUAAUAGUAUUUCAAAAGAAUUAAAUAUUACUAAUGAAAAAUCUUCUUCAUUUCAAUCGUCUACUUCAAAUUCAUCUUUAAUAAAUUCAUCUGCACCAAUACAUAAUUCAUCAAAAUUAACAAAAUCAUUAACUAAUUUAUUAAUGCCAACAGCAGAAACAAUUGAUAAAAAUUUUAAUUUUGAUCAAACAUAUAUACAAAUACGUGAAUUAGCUGAAAUAAAUUCAAAUUAUUUUUCUCAACAAAAAAAUGAUAUUUGUCGAAGAUUUCAACGUUUAUUAGUUCAACUUUCGCAUUCAUUAGAAUUAUCUUUACCACUUAUUCGAUAUCUUAUAGAUAAUUUUCAUCAUUUUGAUUAUAGUCCUGAAAUUCGUGCUAGUGGAUAUCGAACAUUAGUUGUAUUACAUGGUCAUGCAUGUUUACGAACAUUAGAUAUACUUCGACGAAUUGAUGCAAAACGUUCUGGUCUUUUAUUUAAUCUUAUGCAUGCAUCACGAUUCUUUCAAGAUCUUGAAUCUUGGACAAAAACUCUUACAGGAAUGCAACAUAUAUUAUCAUUUGCUGUUAAAAUUGUUGAUUAUACAGAGAAAACAUCAUUAUAUCUUGAUGUUACUAAAGUACCAAUGGAUGUUGAACUAGAUUAUUUUAAAAUGGUUGCUUAUGAUUCAGAAAAUUUUUUUGGUAGAACAUGUGGAUUUCAAUUUGCUCAAUCUAUGGAAACAAUGAUUACUUUUCUAUUAGCUGGUUUAGCUGCUUAUCAUGAGACAUAUAAUCGACCAAUACCAUUUGCAGCAGCUAGUGUUGCAACUGCACCUAAAUAUAUUUUAUUUCCUGAACAACGAGCUGCAAAGUGUGCUGCUGUAUUUCGUGAUUGUGAUUAUUUAUUUUGUAAAUCAUUUUGGAAUCUUGUUGAUCAUGAUUUUAUUAAAAUGGGUUCAAAAUAUAUUGCUCCAAGUGUAACUGUAUCAAAAUAUUUUCAAAUUGGACCUCAAUCUAUUGAAAUUAAUUCAAUUAUUAUUCCACCACCAACAGCAGGUGCUGGUAGUGAUGAACCAAAUGAACGUAGGGCAGGUAAUAUUGGAGCUGGAUCAGAUAAUACAACAGGUUCGGGUAGUAUACAACCAAAACAACUUGUAAAUAUAAAACUUUUAUCAAAUAAUGUACGAGAAGGUAUGGAUAAAUUACCAUUGAAAAAAACUGAUUUUGAAAUUUUAUCAAAAAAAAUCUUUCCAAUGAGUGAUGAAAUUAUUAUGCAUGUUCAUGGUGGUGGUUUUAUAGCAACAUCAUCAACAACACAUGAAGUUUAUUUAAAACCAUGGGCAUUAGGUCUUAAAAUACCUAUUGUAUCAGUUGAUUAUUCUCUUGCACCUGAAUAUCCAUUUCCACGUGCUGUUGAAGAAUGUUUUUAUGCAUAUGCAUGGAUUUUAAAAAAUGCUCAUAAACUUGGUUGGACAGGCAAGACAAUUUUAUUAGUUGGUGAUAGUGCUGGUGGAAAUUUAAUAACAAUAGUUACAAUGAAAGCUAUUGAAGCUGGUUUAAGAAAACCAGAUGCUAUUAUUUGUUUUUAUACACCAUUUCUUCUUUGUUAUAGGUAA